UCGCUCUCUCAAACUGCUUUUGGUGUUUUGAGGUUUUGUUUUGUUUUUGUUUUUUGCUUUUUCAUAGCCUCUUCAGUCUGUUUUACUUUUCAUUAUAUCUCUGAAGAGUUAGUUGUCUCUUGUGCUUUCUACCUAAGCUAGGUAUCCUCUCAGUAUUCUUAAUUCAGCUUCCAAUUUAAUAAAAUCUCUUUUAUCUCUUUUCUUCCCUCACUGGGAAUAUCAUCAAAAGAGUGACAGUAGCAAUAAACGUCUUAUAUUUACUGAUUGAACCUUUAAUUUCUAAGAAUUACGUUUAUAUGUCAGAAGAAGUAAGUUUAAUAUAGACUUGAUGAAAGUAUAAAGGGUUAAGAUUUGUUAAAGGCUGAUCUACAAACAUAAGGUUAAAAUUUGGAAAUUUUGUUGCCCUUCAGUAAAUACAGUUGUCCAAGAGCUGACCUUAAAUGAAAUUUAACAAAUUUUAUUUUAGAGAAUUCGUUAAUUUGCUAUUUUAUAUAUUUACUAUUGCAACUGAUUGCAUCAUUUUCUUGAGGGUCUCUCUUCUCUUUAAUAAAUGCAUAUAAUUUCUACUAAUUUAAGAAUAGGUGUAAUGUGCCUACUGAAUGAAAAAUAUGUGAGAAUAGAAGUAUUAAAUUUUUGAAUUGGGCAAAAGACCUUUCUAACCAGUGUUGGAGCCCCCACCAUUUAAUUUACAUAAAACCGCUCUGUUUAAGUAAUGGUGUAGUAUUUUAUUUUGAAGGCAUCUGCUGAAGCAGUUACUUUCAGUGAAGUUUGCCUUUAUUCUAGGGUUGAAGAUCAACUGGAUUAUGUAUUUCAUUCUGGAAUCUCAAAGCAGUCCACAAACAGUAAAUUCUUCCUUACAUUGUCUAUGUCAGGGGGAACAAUAUAUUUUCAAUAAGAAUCAGUAACUGGAAGUACAAGUUUGGUUAUUUAAUAAUGUUAAAAUGAAGCUUUAACCAACAGAGGUGCUGUCACCAGAUUUGUCUUCUGAGUAUAAAUUGAAAAUGACUGAAGUUCAAGCAAUGGUAGAAUUCUCUGUGGAGCUAAACAAGUUCUACAAUGUGGAUUUAUUUCAGAGAGGUUUUUACCAGAUACGUGCAUCUAUGAAAAUUCCACCAAGAGUUCCUCACAGAGUAGAAGCUAGUUUGUUACAUGCAGCAGGUAUGACUUUAGCCUUUCCAGCUUCAGUUCAUGAUUCUCUGAUUUGCAGUAAAACAUUUCAAAUUCUAUAUAAAAAUGAGGAGGUUGUUUUAAAUGAUGUCAUGAUCUUCAAAGUUAAAAUGUUGUUGGAUGAAAAAAAGAUUGAAGAAACCCUUGAAGAAAUGAAUUUUCUGUUAUCUUUGGAUCUACACUUCACAGAUGGAGAUUAUUCGGCAGACGACCUGAACACCUUGCAGCUAAUAAGUAGCCGAACACUGAAGCUGCACUUCAGCCUCCAUAGAGGCCUUCAUCAUCAUGUUAAUGUUAUGUUUGAUUAUUUCCACCUCUCUGUUGUGUCUGUUACAGUCCACGCAUCAUUGGUUGCACUGCACCAGCCACUAAUAAGCUUUCCUCGCCCUGUGAAGACAACUUGGCUAAAUAGAAAUGCACCAGCACAAAACAAAGAUUCUGUGAUUCCUACUCUUGAAAGUGUGGUCUUUGGUAUAAACUACACAAAACAGUUAUCACCAGACGGUUGCAGCUUCAUCAUUGCAGACUCCUUCCUACAUCAUGCGUAUCAUUUCCAUUAUACACUUUGUGCCACUUUGCUGCUAGCCUUCAAAGGAUUGCACAGCUACUUCAUUACGGUAACAGAAGAGAUUCCCUCUUGUCAGAAACUAGAACUGGCCAAGGCCAACAUGCAGGUCCUUUAUGAGCGCCUUCUCAGAAGAAAACAGCCACGAACCCAGAAAGACACCUGUCUAGAGGAAAUGGAUGUAGAAGCUCGACUUACUGAACUAUGUGAAGAAGUUAAGAAAAUAGAAAAUCCUGAUGAACUGGCAGAACUUAUAAAUAUGAAUCUUGCACAACUUUGUUCCCUUCUCAUGGCUUUAUGGGGUCAGUUUCUGGAAGUUAUAACACUACAUGAAGAACUAAGACUUUUAUUAGCACAAGAGCACCAUACUUUGAGGGUACGCAGAUUUUCUGAAGCAUUCUUCUGUUUUGAACAUCCAAGAGAAGCAGCCAUUGCAUACCAGGAACUUCAUGCUCAGAGUCAUCUACAGAUGUGCACCGCUAUCAAAAAUACUUCCUUCUGCAGUUCUCUUCCACCUCUACCUAUUGAAUGUAGUGAACUAGAUGGAGAUCUCAAUUCAUUACCUAUAAUCUUUGAAGAUAGGUAUUUAGAUUCAGUUAUUGAAGACUUAGAUGCACCCUGGAUGGGAAUUCAGAAUCUUCAGAGAUCAGAGUCCAAUAGAAUGGAUAAAUAUGAGACUGAAGAAAGCUCUAUAGCUGGACUUUCUAGCCCAGAGUUGAAAGUCAAACCUGCUGGUGCCUCCAGUUUUUGGUAUACAGAAGGUGAAAAGCAGCUAACAAAAUCUCUAAAAGGAAAGAACGAAGAAUCGAAUAAAUCCAAGGUUAAGGUUACUAAGCUCAUGAAAACAAUGAAACCUGAAAACACAAAAAAAUUAAUAAAACAGAACUCUAAGGAUUCUGUGGUUUUGGUAGGCUACAAAUGCUUGAAAAGUACAGCAUCAAAUGAUCUCUUUAAAUGCUUUGAAGGCAAUCCUUCACAUAGUCAGAAGGAAGGUCUGGAUCCCACAAUAUGUGGAUAUAAUUUUGACCUAAAGACCUACAUCAGACAGACAAGUCAAAAGGAAGCUAGCUUUUUGCCAACUAAUACAGAGAGAACUGAACAAAAGUCUCCAGACAUUGAAAAUAUGCAACCAGACCUGUUUGAUCCUUUGAGCUCUGGCAGCCUAAAUCUUUGUGCAAAUUUGUCCAUUUCAGGUAAACUUGAUAUCUCCCAGGACGAUAGUGAAAUUACACAAGUGGAACACAAUGUGACAUCUAGAAGUUCAUCUGACGAUUGCCCUGAUCAUCAAACAGCCCCAUCUGCAGGAGUCAGAACAAUUGAAGUGAAGCCCUGUAAUAAGGAUCCUUUCAGUGGAGAGAAAAUAACUGUUAAAAUAGGACCUUGGACAGAGCUUCGACCAGAUGAACUAUUUGUGGAUAAUUUACACCUACCCAACUUUGAGUCCUUAGAAUCUAAUGGUAAAUCUAAAUCUAUAGAAAUAACACUUGAAAAGGAAGCUGUGCAGGAUGCAAAGUGCCAUUCUAUUGGAGAAUCAUUAGCUAAGUUAAGAAGUAACCAACCUGCUUCUUCUACAAAAGAAUACCAUGUUGUAGUAAGUGGAGAUACAAUUAAGUUACCAGAUAUUAAUGCCACAUAUGCCUCAUCUAGAUUUUCAGAUUCAGGUGUUGAAAGUGAACCAAGUUCUUUUGCAACACAUCCAAAUCCUGACGUAUUUGAGACUGUGCAAGGGCAAGGUCCUUACAAUAACGAAAGAUUAUUUCCUCAAGUUUUGAUGAAACCUGAUUAUAAUGUAAAAUUUUCAUUAGGAAGUCAUUGUACUGAGAGUACAAGUGCUUUAAGUGAAAUACAGUCAUCUUUGACAUCCAUAAACUCUCUACCUUCUGAUGAUGAACUGUCACCUGAUGAAAAUUCUAAGAAACCUGUUGUGCCUGAAUGCCACCUAAGUGAUAGCAAAAGUGUAUUAAACGUAGGAACAGUUGACUUGCCAAAAUAUGACGAUAGUAAAAAGUCCAGUAUUAUUUUGCAACAGCAGAGUGUCAUAUUUUCAGGGCAUUUGGACAAUGAAACUAUAGCAAUACAUUCCAUAAAUUCAAGCACUAAAGACCCUUUACAAUUUGUUUUUUCAGAUGAAGAUACUUCCUGUGAUGUGAAAAGUAGUUGCAGCUCCAAACCUAACUUGGACACUAUGUGUAAAGACUCCCAGAGUCCUGAUAAAUCUAAUAACUCUGCAGGGACACCAAUUACGUUAAAUUCAACACUGGUUUGUGUAGGUGCCCCUUGUGUCGUUUCAGGUUCCAUUUCUACUAAUACAGAAGUUAGAAAAGAUGAAACUGUAAAAAGAAAAAAUGAUGAUACCUUAAAUCUCAAACAAAUAAAUUCAGAAGCCCAAACAGUUAAAAAUGAAACUCACCUGGGUACAAGUGAUCCUUUUUCAGCCAGUCCUGAUAUGGUUAAACAAGGGCUUGUGGAAAAUUAUUUUGGCUCUCACAGCAGUGCGGAUAUUUCUGACACAUGUGCUGUUAGCUAUAGCAACUCAGUUAGCCCUCAGAAGAAAACUUCUGAAAAAGAAAUUAGUAAUCUUCAUCAGGAACAGGGUAAAGAGGAUGAGGAGGAAGAACAGGAUCAGCAAAUGGUUCAAAAUGGGUAUUAUGAAGAAACAGAUUAUUCAGCUUUGGAUGAAAAAGUAAAUGCUCACUAUACAAACAGAGAUGCACUGGAAGAAGAAAGACUUAUAAAAUCUGAAAAACUAAACAGUGAUUAUCUAAAAGAUGGUAUAAAUAUGCCUGCUGUCUGUACUUCUGGUUGUUUGUCCUUCCCAUCUGCACCACGAGAGUCUCCUUGUAGUGUUAAGUAUUCUUCUAAAAGUAAAUUUGAUGCUAUUACAAAACAGCCAAGCAGCACUUCUUACAACUUGACUUCAUCAGUUUCCUGGUAUGACAACUCACCAAAACCUCAAAUACAAGCCUUCCUUCAGGCAAAAGAAGAAUUGAAGCAACUUAAACUCCCUGGGUUCAUGUACAGUGAUAUCCCUCUGUUGGCAUCCUCAGUCCCUUAUUUUAGCAUGGAAGAAGAGGAUGGUUCUGAAGAUGGAGUACAUCUUAUUGUCUGUGUGCAUGGGUUGGAUGGUAACAGUGCAGAUCUCCGAUUAGUGAAAACUUACAUUGAACUUGGACUGCCUGGGGGAAGAAUUGAUUUUCUUAUGUCUGAGAGAAAUCAGAAUGAUACUUUUGCUGAUUUUGAUAGCAUGACUGAUCGCCUUCUAGAUGAAAUAAUACAGUAUAUUCAGAUAUAUAGUCUAACAGUCUCAAAAAUAAGCUUUAUUGGACAUUCGUUGGGCAAUUUAAUAAUCCGUUCAGUGCUUACAAGGCCAAGGUUUAGAUAUUACCUCAACAAACUUCAUACCUUUUUAUCUCUUUCUGGACCUCAUCUUGGUACACUCUACAAUAGCAGUGCUCUUGUUAAUACAGGUCUGUGGUUUAUGCAGAAAUGGAAAAAAUCAGGUUCUCUUUUACAACUGACAUGUCGAGAUCAUUCAGACCCCCGCCAAACUUUCUUAUACAAGCUUAGUAAUAAAGCAGGGCUUCACUAUUUCAAAAAUGUUGUGCUAGUGGGAUCUCUACAGGAUCGCUACGUUCCUUAUCACUCUGCCCGUAUUGAAAUGUGUAAAACCGCUUUAAAGGACAAACAGUCAGGACAGAUCUAUUCAGAAAUGAUCCACAACUUGCUUCGCCCAGUUCUGCAAAGCAAGGACUGUAACUUGGUUCGAUAUAAUGUCAUCAAUGCAUUGCCCAAUACAGCUGAUUCACUCAUUGGGAGAGCUGCACAUAUAGCUGUUCUUGAUUCGGAAAUAUUUUUAGAGAAAUUCUUUCUGGUUGCUGCCCUCAAAUAUUUCCAAUAGGAUAAAAACAUUGUUAGAGACUUGAUAAUUACCUCAUUCAACAAUGAUUCAAAUAAUGUAUUAUAUUAAGCUGUAGAUGCUGAUAGUUCUAAGACUAUUUAUACCUUUUUGUAUGGAAGAUAAUUUAUAUCAUCCAUGUUUAGAGCUUUUUAAACAUCAACUUUACUUUCUAGGUAAUGUGGCUGUGCAAUAUUUUUUUAAUUUUAUCUUUUUACUUUUCUAUUACUUUUUCAUAUAUUUUGCUACAUAAGUAUUUCAGUGAAACUUUAAGCCCAUAUGUAUAUCUGAUUGUUUAUUAUUGGCUUUCCACAAUUCUCACAUCGGACACAUCAUAUUAAAGGCCAUUAUCACUAGAAUAGCAUGAGAUUUUAAAUUUUCUAGUAUUGGGGUAUUAUUUAGUUAAUUAUAAAUUUUACUUUUAACAUUUUACUAUGUUUUAACUGGAAAUAAAACUAUGGCUGCUAAAGUAUAUUUUUUGAAGAAAUCAACUCUAGCCCAGUCAAACCAGGUAGUUCCUAGAUGACAUGUUAAAAAAGUUUUCUAGAAAAGUCAUUAUUACUAUUGCUAUUAAACAUAUGUCAUGCCUAUUAAAAUAUAUUUUCUACUGGUGAUUUCAACAUUAUUUCUCAUACUGACUUUUAUUACUGGAACUUUUCAUGUUCAUGUUAGCAGCAUCUAGAGAUUUUUGAAUGUUUGAAUGCCCUCUGCGUAGAUUUGGUUGGAAUUUUGCUAAAUUUGGUAGUGUUGCUUGAACUUUCUGACUAUAUUUCUUUAACUUUUUUCAUGGACUUUCUUGUAUGUACAUAGUAAGUGUUGAAAUUUAUGAAAUACUUUUAUGAAUUUAGAUAAUUUUUAAAUAUUAAAAUUUGUUGAACUAAAAAGUAAUGUAAAUAAAAUAAUUCAUGUUAAAAAUGGAACAAAAUAAUUACAUGUUUGGGGAUACAGAUGCAAAUGUUUUUGAUAUAUGGAGAUGUUUAAGUCUUUUGACUUUACUAAAGGUGCUGAAUAGCAUUAAAUUCACUAUUUUCCUUUCCUGUUUUACUUGUGAAAAUAAUAAUGCACUAAGGGUGGAUAGAAGGUCUGUUUGCAUCCACCAGUUGUGGUGGACAGAGGUUUUUGUAAGUAUGUGUUGUAUAAUUGAUGCAUGUUUUAUUUUUAGCAUUGUGUUAAUGCCUCUGAUGUUAAUAAAUGAACAAAUGACUAUCUGGA